AAAAAUGUCAUGUUAAUUUUUCCUUUGCAAUCAGGCCGACCAAAAUUUGCUCCGACAUGACAGUGGACCAUAAUAAAAACUUAAACCCAUCAAAGCCUCAAAGUGCUUGACAACAAAGAUCAAAGGCAUAACCACAAUAAUUCAGGCAAAACGCUAGACCCCCCUACCUUGAUUCCAUGUGAAGACAUGUGGCUUCUACCCAAUUGCCCACUUGGCAGCCAAGGAUAUUCUGAGCACCUCUCUUUCUCUAUGUCCUUUCGUCGUAGCUUCCUAUAUAAGCUGUCUUAAGCAACCGUAGUAUUCCAAUCUCUGAUUAGCUUGUUUAAUUUGAUUUUCAUUCUAUGUGAAGAAGAAGAAUGGCUACCAUUGCUGUGGAUCAUCAAAGUCUAGGCAUGCAGAUAGGGAGAGGCUCGAAUCAACAUGGUGCUGUGGUAGAAGAGAUUCCAGGGCUGAUCAAAGUGUCCAAAGAUGGACAUGUGGAAAGACCACAAAUCGUUCCGAAUGUUAGCACUGCAUUGGCUCCAGAGCUUGGUGUGACAUCGAAAGACAUGGUUAUUGACGAGUUCACAAAUGUUUGGGCACGUUUUUAUGUCCCCAAGUCCAAUCGGAAGCUCCCUUUGGUCGUUUACUUCCAUGGGGGAGGGUUCUGUGUCGGCUCAGCUGCUUGGAGUUGCUACCACGAGUUUCUAGCAAAGCUAGCAGCCAAAGCUGGUUGCUUGAUCAUGUCUGUUAACUAUCGUUUAGCCCCAGAAAACCCUCUUCCUGCUGCUUAUGAAGAUGGGUUCAAGUGUCUUACGUGGUUAAAACAGGAAGCAUGGAAUGGAUCCGGUGAAUGGUGGUCAAACCACUGCAAUUUCUCUAGCGUCUUCUUAGCCGGUGACAGCGCCGGUGCCAAUAUCGCCCACAAUGUGGCCGCAAGACUUGGCUCUCACAACCCAUACCCUUUAACUCUCAAUGGUACUAUCUUAAUACAACCCUUUGUCGGAGGAGAAACACGUACGAAUUCCGAAAGGAAUAUGGUCCAAUCGCCUCGCUCUGCCCUCAGCCUAGCAGCUUCGGAUACAUAUUGGCGAUUAGCUUUGCCAUGUGGCUCCAACCGUGACCAUCCAUGGUGCAAUCCUUUGGGAAAAGGGUCAGCAAAAAUGGAGGAGAUGAGGCUCUUGCCCACCCUAGUGUGCGUAUCAGAGAUGGAUAUAUUGAAAGACAGGAACCUGGAGUUCUGCACUGCCUUGGGUAGAGCAGGGAAGAAGGUGGAGCAUGUGUUGUAUGGAGGUGUUGGUCAUGCAUUUCAGGUCCUUAGCAAGUCUCAGCUCUCACAAACUCGAACCCAUGAAAUGAUUGGCCAUAUCAAGGCCUUCAUCUGUCAGUGAUUAUGAUCUUCCUUAUAUUUUGAUUUUCCAAACAUCUAAGUGUAGUUUGUGUGUCAUAGGCAAAAGCUAGUGCUAAGGAAAAGUGAAAUGUACAUCCCUAAAUUCAGAAAUUCCGUGUAUAGACAAGUGUAAUUCAAUUUAUAUCUCUAGUUUGUUAA